CCAAAAAAAUCCCUAAAAAAAUCCUCCCACAUAAACCCCCUUCUUCCUUCUUUCCAUUUCUUCACACCUCCAUUUCUUCACACCUCCAUUCUCUCUCUUACGUGGCAUCUCUCUCCGUCCUUCUUUUCAUCCUCCAUACCUCCAUAAUUCUUCUCUCCUUUCAUCUCUCGCCAAAUCAGCUCCUCUCUUUUUCUGUUAUUUCUCUAGAUUUUUUCAAUUUUUCUUUAUUUUUUUCAUCUCUGAUUCUUCAGGAUUUUUUUGUUGUUUUUGUUGAAUUUUUCUUUCAAUUAUUCAGCUAAAACAGAAAAUAGAAUUGAAAUCCUGAUUUAUUGGAUUUCUUUUGGAUGUAAUUUGACGAUACUACAGAGAUCAAAGAUUUAUAUAUUUUUCUUCUGAAAAAUCAAUGGUUAAUUCUGCUAUGGCAGCUCAAGAGGAGAAUGGUGGUCCUCAAUCCAAUUUGGUUGGUGAAUUUACAUUGAUUUCUGGAGUGCAAUCUGCCACAGGGGAAAGCCAUGUUCCUAAGAUUCGAAAGCCUUAUACCAUAACUAAGCAAAGGGAAAGAUGGACAGAAGAAGAGCAUAAGAGAUUCCUUGAAGCUUUAAAAUUGUAUGGCCGAGCUUGGAGAAAGAUUGAAGAGCAUGUUGGGACUAAGACAGCUGUUCAAAUCCGCAGUCAUGCCCAGAAAUUCUUUUCAAAGGUCUUUUGUCCACUCUUUAAAUUUGUGUAAAGUUGUUAGGGAAACAAGUAACAGUAACUCUAACUCAACUGAGCAAAUUGAGAUACCCCCUCCUCGCCCCAAGAGAAAACCAUCACACCCAUACCCUCGCAAACUUGUGCUUCCAUCAAAAAAAGGCAUGCCUAUGGACCAGCGAGCAAGAUCAGAAUCUCCGAAUUCUUCUGUUCCCGAGCAAGAGAAUCAGUCCCCUACUUCUGUCUUGUCCGCUGUUGCCUCGGAUACUUUAGCAUCUGCGGAUUCCGCUACGCCCAAAAGUAGUCCAUCCCCAGUUUCUUCAGGCAAUUUUGCUGACCGAGUCACGGUGUUUCCAUGUGAAGAUAAUGCUCCUAAACCAUUACAAUUUACUUCAGCUUCAGUGAAACUGGAGCUUUUUCCGGACAAGGAGUUAUCUGACAAGGAAGAUUUAGCUUCUACAAAGGUUCUUAAACUAUUCGGAAAAGACUUGGUUGUUCCAGGAAACCCAUCUGAUACAUCGUCUAGCUUGAGCAAGUCGCCAUCUUCAGAUAUGGGAAGAGUGGUUCAAGCUUAUCCAGAGGAUUCUAAACGUACUGUUCUGGACAAUCAGACGUCUUUCUCUAUGAAUAAAAAUACGAACGUGGAGAAACCGGUUCCUCUUCCCUGGUGGGUGUUCUUCAGAGGAAUUGACAUUCCUUCAUGUGGAGAUCCCCAAGAGAAGGAAACUCAGAGAGACGGAUCAUCUGCUGAUUCUAGUAGUGAUUCUGUGAAUGGAGAACAAACGUUGGAAAAGAACUGGGAAGCAGAGACAGAGUCCUGUCUAUGUGCUCAAUCAAUCAACAAAGAAAGCAAAACUUCAGAGGAUUCAAGUCCUGAGAAAGAACCCACUUUGUUUGAGAAGAGAACUAGUGUUGGCUAUGAUAGAAAGGGAUUUGUUCCAUAUAAAAGAUGCUUAUCAGAGAGAGAUAUGCAAUCCUCAACCAUAACCAGUGAAGACAGAGAAAGUCAAAGAAUCCGACUUUGCUUGUAGCAUUGUUUCGCUAGCAAAGUUUUUCUUAUCUAGAUAUAGUACUACAUUUUUAACUUUCCAGAAUGAAGACCCAGUUUAGUAUCCAUGAGACCAUGACAAACCAGUACAGUUUGAUGUGUAUUUCCGUAGCAAUUUUGGCUGCGGCAUCACUGGAAAAUGAGGCAAUAGAUGGCGGAUAUGGCUAACCGAAAACCCAGGUUCUGCAUCUCUGUCACCUAUUUUUUUACCUUACUGGAUUUAUAUCCCUUGUUGUAUUCAAAUUUCCAGCAUAUUUGCAGCCUAAUUUGGUUUCUACAUUGUAGGACAUGAGGUCUUGUAUUUUUUGGGGUCUUGUUUAUUUUGUUGUGCCUCCCCUUUGUUGGGGUUUCAGAAUUGUGAAUUAUGAUAAAAGUUAAGAUUUUUUGUAUGAAAAGUUAUUACAGCAAGGUUAAUUAACAUGGGUUUUGUGCUAUUUUUGGUAUAUUUUUAUGUGGAUCAAAAUGUGAUACAACAAAUAAGGCAAUGAUCUGUCUGAUUGUGCCCUGAAAAAGUGAUCCAUAAAAUUUGACGUUACAUCGUGUUUGUGGCUGUGAUUUGUGAAACAACGCACACCAUGUGCUACUCGUCAUUUUUUUGUUGGUGGGAUUUUUGCAGUCCAUAUGUGGGUCAUACUGUUCUCAAUUGGAAAAAGGCUAGCCAUAGUUUCUUUGCCGUUACCAAACAAAUCAUAUCCAUAAGAUUUUGUAAAUAUUUUAUGUAGGUAGGUAUUUAUAACUAUCUUCCACUUCAUUAAAUUUAGUUCACAUUACAAUUUUCUUAGGUUUGGUUUUGUUGAAUUGCUUAUAUAUUAGCUGUUCUAUUUAACAUAGAUAUUAUGAGUUGAUAGAUAUUAUGAGUUGAGGGACUCUUUGUCCGCACUGUUGCCGCCCUUCUCACUCAGACCCUGCUCAUAGUUUUUCUAUAGGCGAAAUAUGCUGGAUACGAUGAUGAUGAUCUAACAGAGGUACUAAUAUUGAUAGUUUCAUCGACGUUAUUAUGGGGUUUUAAGAAAAUACUGCCUAUUAAAUUAAGUAUUGACUUCUUUUGUUGGCCUUUAAGUUAACUUGAUAAAUUAACCGUUUGGAGAGAUGUUUUAUUUAAGUAUUGACUGUAUUUUGUUUAUUAAAGAAAAAAUGGACCCAUAAGUUAAUAAAAAAAGCUAAAAAUAUUGAUUAUUUUUAUUUUUUAAUUUAGCUUGAUAAACCAACUGUUUUAGUUUUUCUUUCAAACAUUUCAUACUUCUAUAAAGUAAGAGUUUGUGCUUCAUUUGAAAUCACUUGAAUCUCCACAUAACUCACCAAAGCUUACUUCUAUAUUGUACACUACAAACAAAACACAUUUACAUUAUUUUCUUUCAUCUACUUUUUUAACUUCUUUGUGAGUUUAUGCAUGUAUAAAUUGAGAGUAUUUAUUUUCUUACUUGGGGUUCUUACAGCAAUCUCAUAAUUUUAACAUAGUAGAUUUUUUUUAUGUAUAUUUCUGUAUUAAUUAACUUGCACACAAAAUUUUCUCCAUUUAUGUACACUUUCACAGUUUUACAUAUGCUCAACUCCUAAUAUAUAUAUGGAGCAAUUUAAGUGGCGAACUGUGUUUAAGUGUGAAUUGUGCG